GUGAAAAUCACCACCAGGGCCAACACGUGGGUGCCGGUCUUGUUUGUAAACAUCUCAUCGGAACGCAAAACCGGUGAAACGGAUUUCUCGACUAUUUGCAGUGAUUUCGGUGUAAAUUUGUAAGAUGUACGACGACGCCGGUUCCGACUCGGACGACGGGUUCGACCUGCGCCAGGAGAUUGCCCGGUCGGCCUUCGCCGACAUGUGCCACGACUGGGAGCGCAACCAAAAGUACGACCAAGCCCUGCAGCUGACCAUCGGCCGGUUGCACGCCGCUGGACGGGAAGCUCACGUGCUGGACAUUGGCACGGGCAGCGGUCUGCUGUCGAUGAUGGCCGUCCGGGCGGGAGCGGACUCGGUGGUGGCCUGCGAGGCGUUCCGACCGAUGGCCGACUGUGCCGAGCGGGUCAUGGCGGCGAAUGGGUUUGGCAGGAUUCGGUUGGUGAAGAAGCGGUCAACCGAGGUGCGGGUCGGUCCUGGAUUGGAUAUGGAGCGAAAGGCAAACGUGCUGGUAACGGAGCUGUUCGAUACGGAGUUGAUUGGGGAGGGUGCAAUUGCGACUUACAGGCAUGCGUUGGAGCACUUGCUGGAACCGGGGUGCUUGACGAUUCCGCACUCUGCCACGGUGUAUGCUCAGUUGGUGGAGUGUCCGCUGGCUGUUAGUUGGCAGGUUCCAAAGGUCUUGAGCAACGCCGAUGGUGAUGUUCUGUUGAGGACGCCUGAAGACGUUGUCGAUUGUCGAGGAUCUUCAGCGGUUUUCGACGUUCAGUUGAGUCAACUGCCGGAAACGAGCUUCAACGCGCUGUCGGAACCGGUUCCGGUGUUUGGGUUUGAGUGGUCUAACCGGGAAGAACUCGAGGUGAAACGGCAUUCAAGAAAACCGGUUGAAAUCAUUCGAGGGGGAGUCCCGCAAGCCGUAUUCAUGUGGUGGGACCUUAAGAUGGAUCUGGAAGGCACCGUGAUGCUUAGUUGUGCGCCGUUCUGGGCCCAUCCUGAUUUCAGCAGCUUGAAAGAGUCCAACAAGAACCCCAAAAUCCCUGAGCAAAACCUGAUUCCGUGGCGUGACCAUUGGAUGCAAGCGAUCUACUUCCUUCCCUACACCAAGAAUACCUUGAACCCAGGUCAACGUGUCAACCUAGAUUCCUUCCACGACGAGUUCUCCCUCUGGUUUGGCCUAGAAUCCCCAAAUCUGACACCAACUCACUGCUCGUGUGGAUUCCACAUCGCUUACUCACGGUCCCGAAUUGGUCAACUCAACGAUGGUCUGCGCAACAAGCGAACCCUGAACUAUCUCGAGCAAAUCUUGGACAAAUCUUCCACCGUACUCGUCAUCGGCGAUGGCUCGCUACUGGGACUGGCCAUCGGUGCACUUGGCGUGUCCCACGUUUACCUUCUGGAGCCGGGACAACUGUCCCGAACCUGCAUGGAAAGCUACAUCCGGUUCAACGGCCUCAAAAACGUCUCGAUUCUGUCCGACCUUGCAGAACUUGAUGCGUCCCAGCGUGCAGCGAUAAGUCACGUGUACGGUGAACCCUACUUUGGAUCCGCUAUUCUACCCUGGGAGAAUGCAAUCCAAUUUGGUGCGCUGGCUAAGCAAAUUCGACCACUUUUACCACCGGAAGUGACGUUCGUCCCGCACUCGUUUAGCUUGCACGCCGUUCCGGUGGAAUUCCUCGAUCUACAUAAAAUCAACGCGCCACUUGGAACCUGCGAGGGAUUCGAUCUAAGUGCGAUGGAUCGGAUGAUUGAGGAACAUUCCAACGAAACCGACAGCCCCGUGGAGGCGCAACCCCUCUGGGAAUAUCCGUGCUUUGCCCUUGGUUCCCCAACUAAGCUACUCUCGCUCCCCCUUUCCCAAGACCUCCCGGAGACCCAGCUUUGGCAAGGCGAGUUCCAGCUGACCCAAACCCCCGAAAAGUGCAACGGAAUUGCCGUCUGGGCCGAUUGGCACAUGGACGGUUCGGGCAGUCCCAAAACGACCAUUUCGACGGGACCGUUGGACGAUAUCGUGGAGAGUGAACGGCCAAUCCGGUGGAAUGCCAACUGGCGGCAGGGAGUGCAUUUGGUGAAGAAGCCCCCGCGGGAUGGGAUCGUCAAGUGGAGCGUGAAAUUUAACGGACAGUUGAGGGCGUGCUAUUUUCAGUUUGAAUAAAGUUGGUUG